GCAUUUGGACGAGAAUCCGCUGUGCGCAGCUGCAAGGAACUCAAAACACGCAGCCCUGACAGUGAAUCUGGCAUCUAUUGGAUAGACCCUGACGGUGGAUUCCAUGACAAUGCAUUCCAGGCCUACUGCGAUCAGCAGACGGCGGGAGGGGGCUGGACACUAGUGUGGAGUUAUGGCUUCACAGACUAUGAUAAUUUCAACAGCGGAGGCAACGCGGUGACGCCAAUACCAAGUUGGCCAGUAUCAAAGUCCAAUGUACGUGUCUCAAAGACACUGCCGCUAAGAGAAACAGAUUACGAGGCAAUGCCAUUUGACUUGUGGCGCGCACUGGGAAACGAGAUCUUGGUGAAGUCCAAUAUCAACAACUGGAUCACAUGCAAGGCGGGAAGCGGCAGUAUGGUGAUGUGGCAAAAAGGCUCGAUCAACUGCAGUGUAGUUAAGGUGGUGGCCCGAAAUUGUAACGAUACAGUCCCAACGACGUUCAGUGUUUCCUCCGCGAAUGGCCCGUCGCUGGAUGCAUCAAGUCUUUAUUAUUAUUUUGAUGGCUACAAGGGAAGUAAUUGGCCAACACACGACCCAUGCGGGAGUAAUGCGGUUAAUCACGUAAAAAAUGUUGCCAACCCACGUGGAAACCUAUACGUUAGAUAAACGCUUCGAAUAAAGUAUAAUGAACGGCUUAAUUUUCAAAACAUAGUUUGUAAAAGGAAACCAGUUAUUUUCUAUCUGUAUUGCAUCGAGCUGUUUAAAUGGGGAAAAACCUCUUUUAGUUGGGUAGAAAACCAUUGCCUGCCACUUAUAAUAUCUUGUUAGAAUCAAUGGAACACACUGAAAUGCUAUGAAUCUCCAAAAAAGUAUUAAUAUAUAUUACAUGUAAAAGCCUUUUUCAAAUAAAGUUUAUGAAGUACAUUCGUCUAA